UAAAAAUUUGGGAGAACAGUUUCAGCUAAUUGCUGCUGCUACUGCUGCCGUUGUGCCGUGGCCAUACUGUGUCGAAUCUAGGCCAGUUUACGAGUGCUAAGUGUGCAUCGAGCUUUGGUGGUGAAGAAAUCAGUUUUUCGCAGAAACAGGAUAAACAAGGGAGUUUGCAAAGAGCUGCAAUCUUAGCAGGGAAAAAAGAGCAUUUGGCAACGCAAAGCUGCUACUGCUUAAUCGGGUGUACACGGUCAGCAGGGGGAGGUCGCAGGAAAAAAAUGUUGACAGAAUGUCCCACGCAACCAGUUUACUGAGUUCCGGAAUUUCCCGCCGCAAUCCGGAGGACGAAUACGAGCUGAUCCACAAGAUCGGCUCCGGGACCUAUGGCGAUGUGUACAAGGCAAAAAAGCUCCAAUCGAACGAACUAGCGGCUAUCAAGGUGAUCAAGCUCGAACCGGGCGAUGACAUCCAGAUCAUCCAGCAGGAGAUCGUAAUGAUGCGCGACUGCCGCCAUCCGAACAUCAUCUCCUACUACGGUUCCUACCUUCGGCAUGACAAGCUGUGGAUUUGCAUGGAGUACUGUGGCGGGGGUAGCCUGCAGGACAUCUACCAGGUUACCGGUCCGCUGACGGAGCUGCAAAUCGCGUACAUGUGCCGCGAGACGCUGCUCGGACUGUCCUAUCUGCACUCGAUGGGCAAAAUCCAUCGGGACAUCAAGGGAGCGAACAUUCUGCUGACGGAGAAGGGCGACGUCAAGCUGGCGGAUUUCGGCGUCUCCGCGCAGAUCACGGCAACUAUUAACAAACGACGGAGCUUCAUCGGUACACCGUAUUGGAUGGCACCGGAAGUGGCAGCUGUCGAACGAAAAGGCGGUUACAACCAUCUGUGUGAUAUUUGGGCUUGCGGUAUAACUGCCAUAGAACUGGCCGAACUGCAGCCGCCGAUGUUCGAUCUGCAUCCAAUGCGGGCACUUUUCCUGAUGUCUAAGAGUGGCUUUAAGCCACCUAGUCUCAAGGACAAAGACCGAUGGAGCCCGAACUUUCACUCGUUUCUGAAGGUGGCGCUAACGAAGAAUCCGAAGAAACGACCGACGGCCGAACGAUUGCUGCAGCAUGCCUUCUUCCAGUCGGAGAUGUCGAUCCGGCUGGCGUUGGAGUUGCUGCAGAAGUACCACAGUCCGCACCAGAGCUACUUCUAUCACGAUGUUGAGGAGGAAGUGGCUGUUCCAAUUGGACCGCAAAGGAUCACGAGCAAGAUGCAGUCCCCUAGUCCGGUGUAUUUGUGUAAAACAUCUUUAGAACGAGAACGUUCAUCUAGUCCUGAAACAUUACCAAGUGAUAUGAGUCUAUUGCAUUAUAUAGACGAGGAGUUGAAGUUAAGGCGAACGCUGCCACUGCCCAACUUACCGAACGAUUCGCUAGGGGGCGCUGGCGAUGGGGAAUGUUCCUGUCCUGGUGACAGCUAUGACAAUAACGGGCGGGACGAUUCGACGCUCAGCUAUUCGGAUAUCGACAACCUAAAUGCGCGCUUUGAAAAGUUGAAUUCGCAAAACGGCACGGGAGAGGAGGAGAGCAAACGGCGAUCGAUGGAUCAGUUGACGGGACUGUUCACCGAUUUGGAAAAGUCUUCCAGGCAGCGAAGUUUGAGCGACGGGGACGGAGGCAACGAGAACGAAACCCAACCGGACCUGUUGAACAACACCCCACCGGUACCGCCAAAGCGAAGCCAUCGCAGUCGACGCCACACGCCUCCCCGGCCGGCAUCGAACGGGUUGCCGCCGACGCCGAAAGUUCACAUGGGUGCCUGCUUUUCCAAAGUCUUCAACGACUGUCCGUUGCAUAUUCACUGUACCGCUUCGUGGAUCCAUCCGGACACACGGGACCAGCAUUUGCUGAUCGGGGCCGAGGAGGGAAUUUUCAACCUGAACAUGAACGAACUGCACGACGCUGCCAUCGAGCAGCUGUAUCCCCGUCGAACGGUGUGGCUGUACGUGAUCAAGGACAUACUGAUGUCGCUGUCCGGGAAGACCUCGCAACUCUAUCGGCAUGACCUGAUGGCGCUACAUUCCAAGCAAACGCACCGAUUCUCGCUGCACAUGAAGAAGAUACCGGAGAAGUUGGUGCCACGCAAGUUUGCCCUCACAACCAAGGUGCCGGACACCAAGGGUUGCACGCAGUGCUGUGUGACACGGAACCCGUACAACGGGUACAAGUACCUGUGCGGUUCGCUACAGAGCGGCAUUUUUCUGAUGCAAUGGUACGACCCAUUGAACAAGUUUAUGCUCCUGAAACAGUGCGACUGGCCUUCCGGAAAUCUUCAAUACUAUGGGGUUAAUUCCAAUGUAUUCGAAAUGAUUAUCACCCCUGAGUUGGAGUAUCCGAUUGUUUGUGUAAACGUACGGAGAGGAUCAAACGAUAGUCUAAAGUUAGAUUUGAUCAACACCAAUAACUCAUCCAGUUGGUUCAACUCCAACGCCGAAGAAAUGGACGGGAUGGCCACCGUCAUCAAUAGGAGGGAUACGCUACGACCAAUUAAAGUGCAUCAGAUUGAAAGGGAUGCAAUUCUAGUAUGCUACGAUAACAUCGUACAGAUAGUGGACGUUCUUGGUUCUCCAAAGCAGAGUAAAAAGUACAUAUGCCGUUUGGAGUUUAGCUUCAACAUCGAUAAUAUCGUUUGUUUGACCGAUAGCGUCUUGGCGUUUCACAAAAACGGUAUGCAGGGCAGAUCCUUAAGAAACGGAGAGAUUACCCAAGAGAUUACCGACAUCAGCCGGAUUUACGAGCUGAUCGGCAGUGACAAUCGCAUUGUGAUGCUGCAGAGUCGUAUCAUGCGGUCGGAAACGAUGGAAAGCUCCAGCGAGGAGGGCCAUGAUUUGUACGUAGUGGCAGGACAUGAGGCCAGCUAUUAAGGAGGAGGACACCGAUGGACGACGCAAUCGACACGGUGGCCAGUGUACCGGUAAGUGUAAGUGAUAUAUCAGGACACAUACACAUAUACACUACAGAGCAUGUACUAGUAGUGGCUAGGGAACACAAUUACGAGGAGCAAAAACGAGCGUCAGGAAAGAACGAAGAUGGGGACAAUGCUUUGAUUGAGUGAGUCGAACGUUGUGUGUAGCAGCGGGAGAAAAUUGUUAGAUAUAUUAAAUAUGUCUGUUUCUGCACCGAAACAAGUAACUGUAAACUAAAUUAAUUCAGAUACAGAAGUGGAUAGCAGUUUAUUAGGAAAAAAACAAAUAAUAAUAAAAAAACAGUUUACUAACUUAGUCUAAAGUUCCAGUCAAACAAGCGAUGAGCACGAGAGCAGGUGAGAUAGUGUUUUCUUGUAGAAAUGUUCUUCUAUGUUUUCUAUUUGAUCGUAUAGAAAGUUUAGCGGGGUGGGUUGAAACGAUUUGUUUUUUUUUUAAAGGAAAAUUCUAAUUGUCAGAAUGCAGAAACGAAAUGAUAGUCUUUUUAUGGUAAGAAAACUUUUGUUUUAAGUCGGUCUGUGUUUGAUAAGUGCAUACCUCUCUAUGUACAUGGCAGAUAUAUCGUGUGAUAGAUCAUUGGUUUCCGAGAUUUUUUUUAUUUGGAAAUUUUGCAUGUCGAUUGGAAUAUACCGCAAGUAUUCUACUGUAAUUUUUUGUAUUUAAACAUAGCAAUAAAGUAAGCUCGAGAUUUCUAUCGUUCUUUUCGAUGUAAAUGUUCUUUUAAUGUUGCUUUGAUGGUACAAUAUGCUUAUACUGUAAAAAUACAAAAUUUUGCAGCAAUACUAGGAUGAGCUACUCAGUAGUGAAUACAAAAAACAAAACAAGAAAGCAACCACUGGAUCCAAGUUGAAUUAGUUCUAAAUUCCCGAUAUAGUUCGCAAAAUUUCUACGUAGUACGAAACAAACAUUUUGUAAGGAAAGAUUUUCAACGAGUGCUUGAACAAUGAGUUUUGGGAAUGAAAAUGAAAUAAAUUGUGUAAUUUAAACAAGGAAAAUAAUCACGAUACACUCUAUUCAAUUUGCUAUUUGCAUGAACAAACAACAGGAUUCGUUAGUUUCUGAUCAACAAGCAACAAAACAGAUUACAUGAUAACAAAUGCUAGCAUGAAAAUAUAUGCUUACCAAACCAACAGAUAAAUUCAAAGCCAUAGAACUAUUCCACAUACUGUAGCAAUAGAAACCAUAGCGAUUGAACCAUAAGACAGACCAAAACAGUGAAAGAUAAACCCAUGAUUGCAUUUAUUUUUCGAGAUCAGUUUACACAGUUUACCUAGAUUCGGCAAGGCUUGGGUGCGCGAUGGAGAAGAUUAUCUACAAGAUUGUACACCAUUUGAGGUUACAUUUGUUGUAAUUGUCUGUUAAUUGUGGUGUACAAUCGGUUUUAUUUUUUAAAAUUUUCGAACUUUUGUUUUUGGCAAUCAUUCCAUUCUGACUGCUGCGGGUCGCUGCAGCGUUGCACCCGAUGAAUUCCAGUUCCAUGCCAUUAGUUCAGGAAAUAUUCAACCAUACAUACAUAACAUACAUUUCAACACCGAACCACGAUCCUCAUUAGAUAAGUUGGCGUAAAGGAUGACGCCUCGCUUUUUAAUUCCAUUUUUUCUACGAUUAGUCAGAGGUCAAAACUCAAACAUAAAUUGUUCAGAUAUAAAUACUAUAAUUCUUGUAGUAGUUCUCAUACAGACUGAACAACAAGAAUUCAACUAAAUUUGAAACCUAAAAGUGGUUCAGCAGCGUAUUUAUAUCUGAAUAGUUUUUAUUAAUGUGAUUGGGUCCAAUUUUAGUUAACAAAAUCAAAAGAAAGUUGGUAAACUUUUCCGGGUGAAGAUAAAAUUUUACACUUUAGUUUACAUCUACCGAUAUUCCCAGAACCUGGAUGCUCUGGUUCCGGGGAAUAUCUCACGAAACAACCAAUGCAAACCUACCUAUAUACCUGGAAAACAACCGAAACGUUGAUAUUUCCCAUUUCAAGCAUUCAAAGCUUUAUUGUAUUAUAUUUUUAAACUAGCUGAGUAAGUAGUCGUUUCUUUGUACUGUGUUCUAUAUAUCUGUUAUGGAUAAAACUUGGUUAACGAUUAUGGUUUUUUUAUCAUAUAAAAAGCAACUGAUGGAUUCCCAUAUAGGAGAAGAUAUCGAAACGUACCUACUACUACUGUCAGUUCGAGUAAAUUCGAGGUCGCGUUUACAAUUUCCAUAUACACCACAAAAAAAGUAAAUAAACAAAUAUGUACCCAAACGCAGUGCAGCAAAAUAGACAGAAACAAAACCUAAACAAAUCAUAUAUAUUUCUCAGAACAAAGAACAAAAAAAAUGCAACGCAAAAAAUUUGUAGCAGCUCAAACUGAAAAAAGAAAACAGAUAAACACAUGAAAAGCAAAAACAGCAAGCUUCUCCUCUUUUGCUAGCCCUCUCUUCCGCCCCCCGGAGGGUGCAGUGUAGGGCUCUGCCCGCGGAACUAAACACCCUAGCCGAAAUUUGGCAGCAUCUCUCUUUUCCUAAGAGCUACCUAUAGCCACCCCCAUGUACCCAAUGUAAACAGAAUUCUUGUAAAUGUCGUUAUAAUCGAUACAAAGUUUAACCAAGAUGCAAUAAUUUUACAAAAAAAAAAAUACACAAAUAAAAAUGAAAAUGUAAAGUCAAGAGAAAAAGAGCACAGCACUAAGGCGGGUGGUGCCGGUGGGUGCGACGACAGUGUGCAGUGCAGCGAAAAAAAACUGUACGUAGGUACUGCACGUUUUGGAAGCACCAUAGCAGGCGAUUACAACAGUUAGUAAAGGA